UACCGUCACACGUACGUACACUCGCGGCGGCGGCAGAGGGACCGUCCGAGUAGUCGUUGUGAUUAUUAUCUUUUCACGUCGCGUGCGCGCGCACACCAACUCACGCACACACACACGCUGACACGCGGGCGCGCGCACACGUACACGCCACGCACGCACACGCAUGCACCGACGGAGACGGUGACAGAAUCAACGGCAGCAGCAGCAGCAAGAGCGUCCAGCAACAGCAGCUCGCCGCCGGCGUUCACGUCGACUACCACCACCACCACCACUGCCGCCGCCACUCUACCACAGCCGUCGCCAUCGUCACCACCGGCACACUACCACCGUUGGCCACCAAGUACACGGUCGUAGACUCAUCACCGCAGCAGUCGCAUUCGUUUUCCGUGUGCCCACUCUCUACCGCUACACCGGUCACCGACACCCUCGGCACACGCACCGGCACCACGUGCGUAACCGCUCGAUACGAUAUCGUCGCAUCAACGCACAAUAUUUUGUUAUUAUACUAUCAUAACUGUUCAUAUUGUGUCGAAAGUGACGAAAAUGUAUAAGUAACAUUAAUUGCACAUCGACAGCAUAUAAAUCAACAAGAAACGCCGACCCGUAACGAUUUAUAGUGUUGCAAACAAUUCUAAAAUAUAUACUUUUAUAUAUUAAGUACAACGUAUAAACUUAUAAUAUUCAGAAUGAGUCCAAACGCCACAGACUCGAGUACCAUACUCAGGGAGGAGAGAAAAAUGCCCAACGGUUGUGCAAAUGGAUGGUCGAGCAUGUCGGAUUCGGCCGAGGAGCACUGUUGGAAAGGUCAAGCUUUUCUCAAAAUCAACGAAAUGGUCGCCAUGGUCAAGUACUAUGGUUUGCGGGCAUACAUAAUAUUUUGGCACGAGCUGUCGAUGAACCCUAGGGUGAGGAGCAGUCCGUUCAGCCCGCCGCCCGCCAACGAAUUGGUCUUGUCAGCUGACGAAGUAUUCUCUACGAGGCGCCGACGUUUAUUCUUCACAAGCAUCCACUUGCUGGCUCUCGCCGGUCUCUACUUCUGCGUCACGGGCCAGGUGAAGCUGUACACCGUACUGUUCGCGCUCGCGGUCGGCAUCAUGUCGUCGAUCGGCGUGACGGCCGGCUCGCACAGGCUGUGGUCGCACCACGCGUACAAGGCCAAGCUGCCGCUGCGAAUCAUCCUGGCGCUGUUCCAGACGGUGGGUGUCCAGUACAGCAUUUACAACUGGGUGCGCGACCACCGGCUGCACCACAAGUAUACGGACACGGACGCGGACCCGCACAACUCGAACCGCGGGUUCUUCUACUCGCACGUCGGCUGGGCGCUCAUGUUGCCGCACCCGGCGUUCGAGUCCAAGGUGUCGUCGGUGGACAUGACCGACAUGGAGUCGGACUGGGUGGUCAUGUGGCAGUACAAGCUGUACGCGCCGCUGGCCGCCGUCCUAUCGUACGCGCUGCCCACCUUCGUGCCAUGGUGGUUGUGGGGCGAGGACCUACUCGUCGCGCACCUGGUGGCCGCCCAGCUCCGGCAAGUGCUCACGUUGCACUCCACGUUCCUCAUCAACAGCGCCGCGCACAUGUGGGGACUCAAGCCGUACGACAAGAACAUCAAUCCCACCGAGAACAUGUUCGUCUCGGUGGCCACGUGCGGCGACGGUUGGCACAACUAUCACCACACGUUCCCUUGGGACUACAAGAACGCCGAGCUGCUCGACUACAAGCUGAACCUGUCCACGCUGUUCAUCGACGCGUUCUCGCUGAUCGGAUGGGCAUACGACCUGAAGACCGUUCCCACCGAACUGGUGAACAAGCGGGCCCUGCGCACCGGCGACGGUACGCGCAAGCAGCCGGCCACCGACUCGGCGACGGGCAACGGCGACGCCGUACCGACGGCGCCGGCGGCGUGCACGAACGUGUACGGCUGGUCCGACACCGAUAUGCCCGACGAGGACCGCCGAAUGGCUCAAAUAUACAAGAAAAGCGAUUAGUGCGGGUCGGGUGGUCGUCGUUCUGUGGUCGUCGUAUGGAUGGGGAGGGGGGCGGGAGGGUGGGAGGGUUGGAGUUUUACCAGUAUUUUUCAUUUUUCUCAAAUUUUUUUUUUCUUUUCCGUUCGUAUCAACCUUUAUUAUUGGGGGACGUGGGUUUUUUUUCUCUCUUUCUUUUAACCAUUUCUCUAGAGAUAAAUUUGAUUAGGUAUUAAAGCCGCGGUUGUAUAAUAUUUACGACUAUAAGCGCAUCUGCGAGAGUCCCGGGAACACUUUGAAACGAACGCGCGCUGCAGACAUUGCAAAUAAUCAUCACCGUUGUCAUAAUUCGUCGUCAUCGUCGUCUUGUUUUUGUAUAAUAAUAUAAUAUUAUUAUCGAUAUUUAUGUCUGGCGGGGGCGAGGUUGUUCGGCACGGAGUGUCCAGGACGGUCGCGUGCGCUUAGGUAUCGAAGAGACUGGACCUAUAUAGGAAGAUUCGCCUAAUAUUCAAGUGAUUAAUAAACGUUUGAUAAUAAUAAUAAUAAUAAUAACAUAUAACAAUAUGAUAUUAUAUAUUAUAUUAUAAUUAUUAUUCCCGUGUAAUAUACCCAUAGUCUUAGUACACCUAUAGUUAUAGAAUUUCUAAUAAAAUAUGUAUAUAAUAUAUAGGUAUACAAUAUGUAUAUGACGACGGCGUGUUUGAUAUACUGAUACAAAAAAAAAAAACGGAGUGUGAUUGAUUGACCGGUCGAUUUGCUAUUUUAACGGGCACUUCUUUUUUUCACAAACUUACAUUACACACACACGCACUACACGUACAUGUCUUGUACACAUCGUUAAUCUCUCUGGACUUGGUCUUUGAAUUUAGAAAAACCGCAACGUUUUUCUCUCGUACAAUUUUAUUUCAGUGGCUAUAAUGGAGUCGCGCAUCACGUAUAGUAUUAGAUACGUAUAAUAUGAUAUCAUAUGGCGAUUUCGUUAUCUUUAAUGUUCGCAAUAAUAUUAAUAAUAAUAUCAUGGUAUAGAUCGCACCGUAACGCGAUCGUAUAGGACGCUAACAACUACAACUGAGGCUUGUGUAUUAUUAUUUUAUCAUAUCGCGAUUGCGUCACGUAAUAAUACAAUUUAAUAUAUUAUAAUAUUAUUAUGGCUCGUGGCAGUCGAUUCUGCGACGAUAGUAUCAUUAUAAUAUUAUGUUUCUGUAUAAUAAACUUAUUAGGUACUAUGUCUUGCGCAGAACACAGACGAUUAUUCGGAAACGUCGGUCGGUGCAGGUUCGACUGCAGCAGAGACCUGCAACCACGGUUUUAGAUAUCUUGAACCGUGCCUGAAACACAGAAUAUAUAUAAUAAUCACUAUGGUAUAAUAUCUAAUCGGAAUCGACCUGGGCGGUGACGGUCGUGUAAUGUUAUCGAGAUCGAUUAAUCUAUAAUAAUAUUAUCGUCUGUAGACUGUCGUUAAUUCACUAUCAUUGGUAGGUAGGUAUAUAGGUAUCUAGGUGUACAUCGUAUCGUCACUAUACGCAUCGGGCAGGUGGUGUGCCUACCUAACUCAUGUAUAUUAUCAUGACGUGCUAUCCGUUUUCAUGGACUUAUAAAAAAGAAACUCGAGAUGCGUCCAAGUCAUUUCGUACGAACACCGCUUCCCGAGCGGCCGACUAAAAAACGGACGUUUCUCCCGUUAACGUAAACUACUAAUGCAAUAAAAACAUAAUGCGGAGUACGUUAGAGAAAAAUAAAAAAGACACGACAACGCCCGUGACACACAUACACACACACAAACACACAUUCGACGUAGUAUGAUAUUCCAAUAUUUAGCCAAUUUUAGUGUUUAAGAACCUUAAAGUUAGUUUGUAAUAUUAUUUCUCUACGUCUGUCUUCUGUCAACCGUCGAGAUUUCUUUCGCUCGAUAAUAUUAUUUAUGAUAAUAUAUAAUUUCAAAAGAAAAUAUAAAAAAAACAUGUAGAUGUCGGUUAAUAUUACAAUUAUUAUUAUUAUUAGUAUUAUUAUUAUUAUAUUAUUAUGAUUAUGUCUGUCAAAAACUUUUACUGGCUGUGCUCAAUAGUAAACCUACUUACCGAGUAAAAAUUAUUUGUAAUUUAUGAUUAGUAAUUUUAUUUUAUUUUAUAUUUUACAUUAUUAGGUGACAUACUUUGGUUGUUAUCUUGAGUAGCAAAAUACUAAUUAUUUUUGUUACUGUAUAAAAAUAAUGCGUAACUAUAUUAUAUUUUAUUCUGAAAAUAAUAUUAAAAUGUAUAAUUAUUAUAACUUUUUUGUUUUCUGGCGUCCUUAAUAAAAUGCAACACCGUCAAUUUAAACGUUGAGUCUCCUUGCAAUUAAUUUCUGAUCUUGUUGUUUGACAUUUGAUUGAUAUACUAUUGAUAUAAAAUAGACGUAUCUAUACAUUUUGAAAUAGUCAUCAAAAUUAUUUAUACAUUUUUUCACAGUUACAUUACAUUAUUUCUUUAAUCAUUUAGCCACUAUCGUAACACGCCUUUUAUACAAUUUAUACACAAAUACGUGUCACAUGAAAAUAUAGACUAAUACCUUACCUAUUAAUCUAAAUAUCGCGAUAAAAUUAAUUCUUAUCAAUCGAUGGCACGAAAUGGUUUUAUUAUUAACAGUAACGUUUAAUAAUUUAAAUUUUUAAAUUUCUACAAAAUCAUUUAUUUUCAAUCUAUAUUAAAAAAAAACUAUUUAUAAGAUAUCUUGAAUUGUUAGAUCACAUAAAACAAUUACUAAAUUGUAUUUUUUUAUGAACUAUCAAAAUAAUUAAUUAUAAUUGAAAUUUGUACCUUAUAACUUAAUAUAUUAUUACAUGUAACAAAACCUCUAAAUUAUAAUUAUAGCGAUUUGGAAUAAUUAAAACUAUUCGAUACACAUGUUUAACUAUAGUACCUAUUUUAUGUUUAUUUACAAAUAAUAUAAUAUACUUACUAUUAAACAAAUUGAGCUGUACAAUAAUUUGUUUUCGACUUAAUAUUACGACUAGUUUAAGUUAAUGUUAAAUGCAAUUGUUUAUUUUUAUUCACACGAUCGAUGUAUUAUAUAGAAAAAAAUCACUGUUGGUCUAAUCCGAACCGAUUAAAAGGGUAGUAUUAAAUAUACAAGGCUUUGCACCUACAUUAUUCGUAUUUUUCAAGUUCAGUAUAAAAUAAUUUGACCGUCAAAACCGUCAUUUUCGGGUUCGUUCAGCCAGAAAAAAAUAUAAUAUCUAAAUGCUCGAGUAUGAUAUGGCAAUAUGCAAUUACUAUGAUGUACGAAAAACAUCUCGAGGUAAUAUAUAUAAUAUUACUUCGUAUAUUAUCUUAACUGUUAAGACUUAACAUCAUGGUUUUUUUUUGUUUGUCGACGAUUCGGGUGCAAAGCGUUGGUCAUAUUGUUUAGCCUUAUUAAUUAUCAUGUUAUUUUUAGAAAUAAAUUAACGAAUAUCCUAGGGUAAAAGUUAUUACUGAUUAAAAUUAAAAUGUAUUUUAGAUUACGUUUAAGAUUAUAAUAAUAAUAAUAUACGAUAUAUAUAUAUAUAUAUAUAUGUCAUAUACUCUAAAGACAUGUACGAUUUAAGAUUUAUAUAGUUUGGGCAACAGGACCAAGUGGAUUGUAGAUAAAUGUUUAUCAAAAAAAUCAAGAAAUAUAUAUUAUAUAGACUACAUAUUUUA